AUGGUAAAGGCGAAAAUCACCCAAGUCAACAAGUCGGGUACCAUGAGUUUCGAGUCGACCUCUGCAGUCACCAUACGCGUGGGCGAGGCUCCGAAUACCAAGGAUUUCAUCGCGCACGAGGCCUUCCUAACUUCCCGCUCGGAGUUUUUCCGACGCGCCAUGAAUGGUAACUGGAAAGAAGCAGAAACAUGCAUCAUCAACCUCCCUGACGAUACGGCCGAAGCGUUCGCCUGCUACAUCAACCACGUUUACACUGGCCAGCUACCUACCACAAGUAAGACCACGUCGGAAUUAAAGAAGCUUACGGUGGAAGAGUUUGAACACCAUGUCAAUGACCAAUACCGGAUUAUCUUCGACGUUUUCGUGCUAAGUGAGAAGCUUCAAGACGUCACAACAAAGAACGCCAUGAUGGAAGCUGCACUGGCCACUGCUGGAUUGGUAGCAAUUGACGGUCUAUGGAGGGUCCCCACAUGUCAUGUAGUCAACGCGGUCUACAAUGGCACACCUGCAGGCAGCCCUGCUAGACGACUCGUCACCGACUUGUGGACUGCGGUACCUAUCGAAUCUAUUUUCUCUUGCAUUCGUCGCUUCCAUCAAGGAUUUGUGGAAGACUUGGGUAAAUCCCUUCAAAACAACAGAAAGCCAGCAGAAAACAUUCCUGUUCGCAAGGGUGUUGCUGCAUAUCAAGAGGAAAUCAAAGAAGGUUGA